AUGGAUGCCAUAUUCUCACUCCCUGUUAUUUCUCUCCUCCUCAUCCCCACCAUGUCAUCUUACGCAACCAGUCUCAACUUUAUCUUCUUCUACGUGACUUGGUCGACACUCGUGCUGUCGCACUCCCCCCUCCGAGUCGAGCUAGUCGGUUCAGUCGCCGUGCGCCUAUUAUUUUAUGUCCUACCCUCCCUUUUGUUCUUCCUGUUCGACAUCCUCACACCGUCUGCAGCCGUGAUCUUGAAGGCGCAGGGCGAGGCCGGUCUACCCAGUGGCAGGAAGAAGGGCAAUGUUCGCGUGAGGGACCUGAAGGUCGCAGGCUGGUCAAUUUUCAAUCUGCUUCUUGCAGCGGUCCUUCAGGCUGGUGUCGAAACCCUGCUGGUCCAGGGUCUUCGGAUCCGCAGUGCUGUCAAGGUGUCUAUGAAGCUCCCCAUGCCGUGGGAAAUGGGCAAGGGCUUGCUAGUCGGCCUACUGAUUCGUGAAAUCUUUACUUACUAUAUCCACCGCUACGCUCUGCAUAAUCACCGAACAGUUUUCACCCGGUAUUUGACUCGGUCGCACCAGUCAUGGUACCACAAUCUCAGAACCCCGUUCCCCCUCACCGCGCACUACGAUCACCCGCUCGUCUACGUCCUUGUUCGCUUCCUUCCUACCUAUUUACCAGCCUUGCUUCUCCGCUUCCAUAUGCUUACCUAUCUUCUCUUCUUGUCGACUGUGUCCCUUGAGGAGACUUUCGCGUAUUCCGGAUAUACUGUUAUGCCAACCAGCUUUUUCUUGGGUGGGAUUGCGCGUCGGACUGACGAGCAUCUUCUUGAGGGAGGUGAUGGCAAUUUCGGGCCUUGGGGUGUUUUGGAUUGGGUGUUUGGAACAAGCAUUAGUGACUCUACUGUUGAGGAAGAUGUUGUGGCGGAAUUGGAUGAGAAGGAGAUCGAGAAGCAGGUCAAAAAGGCCAUGGAGGUUUCGAAGAGGAAGAUAAGAGAGGGGACUCUGCGCAGACAUACGGCGCCACGAAAGUGA